UCGUCCCUCUUGAGGGGCCGUCCCUCUCCGACUCCCCAGGCAUGGAGAGCCUCAGCGAGCUGCAGAAUCCCCUGCUGGACAAGAACACCAAGCACGUGGGCAAGGCCGACUACGGCUACAGGGGCGACUUCUCCAGCAACCAGUACCAGGAGAACAUUAUCAACUAUUUCGUGACAGGCGGAGGAGGAGGAGGUGGAGGUGGAGGAGGAGGUGGAGGUAGCGGCGGAGGAGGGGAAGGCGGUGGGGGCAGCGGAGGCGGGAACGGAAACGGAAAGUCCAAACCCCACCAGCUGCUGGACGCUACCUCCCUCCACCUGGCCGUGGAGGCCUUCUACCGGCCCAACUUCAUCCUCUACAAGGACGACGCCGUGACCGUCAAGGCCAAGGAUUAUAAGAGCGAGUGCUGCGAGACCACCUUCACCGAGAAGAAGGACAAGGAGGCGGCGGCGGGAGCGGUCACCAGCCCGGCCUCGGCCGAGACCCCCGGCAGCACCGAGGACGCCCAGGUCAAGCUGCUGCACGACGACAGCGACAUCAAGAUCCAGACCGUCUCCUACGAGGUGGAGGAGGAGGAGUAUGUGGAGUACGAGACGGACUGCUCCAGCGAGAGCGAGAGCGAGGACAACUUCAUGGUGACCCCGCCGCGCGAUCACCUGGGCCUGGCCAUCUUCUCCAUGCUCUGCUGCUUCUGGCCCCUGGGCAUCGCCGCCUUCUACUUCUCCCAGGGGACCAGCAAAGCUGUCACCAAGGGAGACUUCUCGCUGGCCAGCAUCGCCUCCAGACGGGCUCUAUUCCUGGCCGCUCUGUCCAUCACCAUCGGCACAGGUGUGUAUGUCGGCGUGGUGGUGGCCCUCAUCGCCUACCUGUCCAAGCCGGGACACAUAUAGCACCUCCUGGGGGCCCCCCCCAGACCCCCCUCAGAGAGCCCACAGGACUACAUUUCCCACAAUUCCUCUUUCCUUUGAACUUGUCAGAACAUCUCCGGUACAUUCUUCCCCCCUCAAGACAACCCCUUACUAACGAUCGAGCGACGAUGGAAGAGUGAAGAGAGGUUCACAUAUACUGAGAAAAAAAAGAGGGGAAAAGAGUAAGAAAUAUUUGGAAGGAAGCCUGUGGAGAGAUUUGCCUCAGUGGAGAAUGAGGUGUCAGAAGCCUCGGAAUGUGUCUGGAAUCAAACCGCUUCAGCAUCUCCCAUGAUCCUUUGAGCCUUGUGAUGUGGGACGUUUAUCAUCUGGGGUGUUGUUCUGAGAUGAGAAUGGAAGAUGAGAGAGAGAGAAAAAGCCCAGUUUCGUAAAAAAAAAGACCAUUUCAGUGGCUCUGAGAAAAACAACACCCGAAAAGUACAAGGGUAGAAUGUUUACCCACCUAUUUCAGUGUCAGUAGCUUGGCUUUUUGACAAAGUGAAUUGUCAUGUGACUAUCCUGAAAUUGAACUUUACUCAGCCCCCUUGCAAAUGCAUCCUUUGGACAGAGCUGUAAGGGAAAGGACCCCAGUACUAUUGGCUUCACUUACCAGGGAUACAUCGGCCCUUCUCUCUGCCCUUUAGUAUGGUACUUAGAAUGAGGCAAUGCUGAAUGCAUUGAUGUGGACAUUUUCUUGGACACACCCUAUAGGAAGACGGACGAGAAACUGUGACAGCCGCUAUGGGGUUUCUGGGGUUGGCUUCUAAAUGGACAAAGUUGGCAUGGAGAUAGUGAAGCGACUCCAAUUCUGACUUUACUUAUUAAUGUACAUGUUACUUUUUGGCUGUUUUUCUUUUAAGCAAGACUCUUCUGAUGACCAGUAAUGAGAAGUGAACCUGGCAUCAAACCAUGGCUUUUUUUCCCCCCAGCUUAGUUUUUUGUCAUUGGCGUGUUCCAAGAAAGGGUCACUGUUUGAUGGGUGGAAAAGAAUUUCUGAGAAAUACAUCUGUUAUUUUCCUUUAGUGUCCUUGCCUUGUAUUUCUCCAUUGUACUGCCAGGGCCUUGAGGUAUUACUGUUGACUGCAGAUCACCACAGAUGCUACAAAUCGUGAAUGUCAGGAAAAGGAGUCAGGGAUGUGGAUUUGGAUGUCGCAUUUACAUUCACGUUACGUUCAGUUUGUUGUUUUCUCAACCAGGUGAGACUCAGUGUUGAAUGAUUUGCACCAAAUACAAAUCUCGACAUCCCCAGACAUGUGUACCAUGCAGUACGGACAUGACUAAACUCAGGUGCUCAACUGGGUUGUCUUUCACCGACACGAGGCCCAGAUGACAGUAAUGGUUUAAUAUGGAAGAAAUGGCAUGACGCGGUUGUAAGACGCUGUCGGCACCUGAAACGUUGCGUUUCCACAGGUCUCAACGGACAGGGAAAUAAAUGAGCCCCCAAAAAUAGCAUGUCGACUGCUCUAAGACAUGAAACGUAUGAUUGAAGGGAUUAAUAAUGCAUCGCAUGUCUUCAGGGGAGCGUGAGAGGCCUAUGCCCGAGCUCGCGAGGCCCAAUUUGUCACUCACGGACUGACUGACUUCAUGCGAACAGUACACACACACGCUAAGUGUUUCAACUGGUCUAAUCAUCCAAGUUUUUUUUUUUUAAAGAAAAACUUGGACAGACCACAUCAGCUGCAUAAACAUCUAACCAGAUCAUCGAACAUGUAAACAUGUAGCCUUUCCAAAAUGUUCCCUACUUCACCAUAUCCUGAAAAGAGAGAGUUUUGAGGAUGUUUACCUUUUUAAACUGUAUCUGUAGUCACCUGUAUAGCAUUGCAAAUGUACAGUAGGUGGUGGUUCAGAAUUGUGCUUUUCCCCUGUUGAGUAUUUAUCUGUAUGGAGCACCAAUUCAGCACAGCGGCAAUAUUUAGCUCAUGACCGGCUUUAAUCACGGUCUUGGCAACCAGCCCUGAUUGAACUAAAUUAGCAUUUGGAGAUCCAUGAUGGGGGAAUAUGUAUUAGAAAUCUAUUUGUUGGAUAACAUGGAUGGCUGGGAACCAGCCAGCUGUUUGAACAAAAUGUCUGUUUGGACUAAAAUUAUCAGAACCGAUCACACCCAUGUGCCCAACAGUAAACGGCAGAACCUCAACACCCUUGUCUCCACUCUCAUAUUAAAGGUCUCAAAGUACCACGACCAAGCUUCAUCGGAAACGAUUUAAUUGCUCAACAAAGUAUCUGCACAACUACAUGCACUCCUUACAAGUAUGGCUCCACAAUUUUCCCUCUAUCCUUGAGGAUCGAGACGGUACAAUGAGGACUACCUUGUCUAGAGCUGUGCGAUGGGCAGAUAGACAGCAUGACGGUAACACACUUACAGAUUUACUCGUCCGUGUACUUCAUGCAUUAGUCAUGCAGGACCUGACAUUUAUGACUCACAAUUAGCUUUUCCCCAUAAUGGCUUUUUUCCCAUUGUUGUUGAGAGAGGAGAGAGAGAGUGAGUCUCUCAAGAACAUAGCCUGAAAUAGCUACGGAUAAAUAGAUUGUACAAACCAGCCACUUCAUUCUGCUGCUGUGGUCUGGGUUUGCGCAAGCUCGCUGAAGUCUGCCCAGGUAAUGUAAAAUGGCUUGAUUGCAGUCAGUAAUGAGGAAGAUUAAUGGUGACCCAUCACCAUUUUGCAUUAAAAUGCAAGGUAAUUGGUUUACAUGAAAAGGUGAAUCUCAUGCAUUUCCAGAGGAGUAAUUGUUCUGUGUGACUGGUCAUCGUUGACAUCGCUCGAUAGCACCAUUAUGGCCCAUUGAUUUCUCCAGAUCAGUCUUUUCUCCAAACACCAAGUGACAUACUUAUUAGGUGGUGAGACAACAGGCAAAAAAAGUCAUUAUUUUGUGUGUGCGUGUGUGUGAGAGAGAGAGUGUGCGUGUGCGCACGUGCGUUAGUGAGUGUAUACGUUUUGCUUAAUUUAGUCGUUAAUGAAGUGCUCUUCAGUCACUCCCCUCCUACCAUUGUCUUUGGGUCCGAUCACCUUUUCGUCCCCUUUGUUACCAUAGCACCCUGGAGCCACCAGCACUCCUCCAUUUUGUGUGUCAGUGCUUGCACUUGUUAUGACCAACACUGUAAUUAUACAGAGUGUAUUUCCGUUUGAACCUUUUUCUGUGUUUUUCACGCAAAUGGCUAAUACAAUUGGCUUUGUGUUUUUGUUGAGUGUUAUCGAUAUUAUGUAUUUUUUUAUUAUCGUUUGUUGGGUUCUUUUUCUGGUUUGGUGGUUAACCGGUAUUGUUCCCAUGUUGCGUGAUCAUGAAGAUGUUUUGAAGGAUUGUUCUGUGUUAUCAGACAAGCUGAAGUUAAUCUCAGACAGGGGAAUGGAGAAUUUGUUGUACCAUCAAAGUAUUGUGUAAUUGUUUUAUUUAUUUAAUUUUCAUCAGCCAAUGUUCUACAUCUUAUGUAACUACAGAGUGUAAAUAUUGCAAAUAAAGGCGAGGGACAUGCUGUGUGCAAUAAUG